UUUUUGCUUGUAUGAGGUGGUGGUAUUAGAUGAGGGAGUUGCCCUUCAAUGCCCAGGAGGGGAAGGAGGGGUCCUCGGGCGUAUUAGUGGCACAACAGCAGGAGCAGCAGCAGCAGCAGCAGCAACAGCAAGUAGAAGAAGACCAAGCAGCCUUAUUUUGGCCCGGUGUGCGUACCAGUCUCAGUGGGGGUGGGGGGAAUAGUAAUAGUAAUAGUAAUACUAGUAAUAAUAAUAAUAAUAAUACUAGUAACAAUACUAGUAGUAAGAGGCAAAAGAGCAGCGGGGUUGAGGAAGGGUUAGAGCCCCGCUCGGUUCUGGAUCAAAGGAGGAGCCCCAGCCCACCCACCUCCUCCUCCACGCUGUCUUCCUCCCUGGGCGGCGGCGGCGGCGGCGGCGGCGGCGGCUGCUCUUCCGACAUUGCCGGUGUGGCGGCGGUCUCCGGAAACAACCCCUCCACCCCCAAAUGGGACGUAGCCGGCGGCAUCCACCAGAGGAGGGAUGAGUGGGCGGCCGCCGAGCUCCAGCCCAUCGCGGCGGGGCUGGAGAUGGCGGGCUUCAUCGGGGCCGGAGAGAAGUGCGCGGGGAUCAUCGGGGUCGACGAGUGGGACGCGAUGCUGUCGGAGUCCGCGGCCUCGCCGGCCCACGAGCAGUCCUUCCUCCGCUGGAUCAUGGGCGAGGCCGACGACCCCGCCGCCCUCGGCAUCACCAGGCAGCAGCAGCAGCAGCAGCAGCCGCCGCAGCCGCCGCCGCUGAUUUCUCAGCUCGUUGGCGCGGAAUUCGACAGCGGCGCCAAUGUCGGCCUGGGCUUCGGCAUCCCCGAUCUCGACGCCGUCGGAGCAGGCGGAAUUGCCUCCGCCGCCGCUGCAAUUAGCCCUCUGUCUUUGUCCUCCGAGGUCACUUCGGCCGGUGGGCUUUCACUUUCCAGCAACACCGCCAACAGCAACAAGGUCUCUAAUCCUAAUUCUAAUUUCGCGACCCACCACAGCGGCAAUCUCCUCAACCCCCUCCUCCUCUCCCCGCCCCCGCCCACGCAGCCGCAGCCGCCGCCUUCGCAACUGCCGCUGCCGCAGGGGUUAUUCUUCCCGGAGCCGCCCAUGGAGGAGAAGCCGCAGCUUCUGGGGGCGCCGAGCUUCCUGCUCAACCAGCACCAGCAGCAGCAGCAGCAGCAGCAGCAGCAGGCGGUGGCGGACCAGCUCUUCGAGGCCGCCAGGAUAGUCGAGACCGGGGAUCACGUCGGCGCGCGUGGGAUAUUGGCGCGGCUCAAUCAACAGCUCCCUUCCGCCAUGGGGAAGCCCCCCCUCCUCCGCUCGGCCUACUACUUCAAACAAGCGCUCAAUCACAUCCUCGCCGAUCCUGCCACCACCCCCUUCGCUCCGGCCUCCUCGCCGUCUUCGGGCCCCCACAGGAGCGCCUUCUCCACCCCACUGGCCACCCCCCACGACGUCGCCUUCAAGCUCGCAGCUUACAAGGAAUUCUCCGAGGUCUCCCCCGUGCUCCAGUUUGCCAACUUCACCGCCACCCAGGCCUUGCUCGAAGAGCUCGGCCCCUCCGCCGACCGCAUCCACAUCAUUGAUUUCGACAUCGGCGUCGGCGGGCAGUGGUCCUCGUUCAUGCAGGAACUUGCCCAGAGCCGCCGCUGCACCACUUCCGCAUCUGCAUCCGGAGCUGCUGCUGCUGCUGCCGCCGUCGGCGCUGCUCCCUUACUUAAACUCACAGCCUUUGUCUCCCCUUCCUCCUACCACCCUCUGGAACUCCACCUCACCCGCGACAACCUCACCCACUUUGCGGCCGAACUCCAGAUCCCCUUCGAAUUCAACAUCCUCCCGCUCGAUUCCUUCGAUCCUGCGGAACUACUUUCCAUGGGGAAAGAAGCCAUCGCCGUGAACCUUCCUAUCGGGUGCGGGCACGGCCACGCAUUCCCCACCCUCCUCCGCCUCGUGAAGCAACUCUUCCCUAAAAUUGUAAUCUCAAUAGACCACAGCUCCGACCGCGGCGAGCUGCCGUUUGGCCAGCACUUCUUCCAGGCAUUCCAAUCCUGUUUGUUCCUCCUAGACUCCAUCGACUCCUCGGGCAUUAGCACAGAAAUAACCAACAGGAUCGAACACUUCUUGCUCCAGCCGAGGAUCGAAAGGGCCAUCAUCGGCCGCCACUCUACCGCCAGCAAGAUGAUGCCCUGGAGAACACUCUUCACGUCAGCAGGGUUCGUGCCGGUGCAUUUCAGCAACUUCGCAGAGACGCAGGCGGAGUGCCUGCUGAAGAGGGUGCAGGUGAGGGGAUUCCACGUGGAGAAGCGCCAGUCGUCGCUCUCCCUCUAUUGGCAGCGGGGGGAGCUCAUUUCCGUGUCGGCGUGGAGGUGUUGACGAGCUUUUUCCUCUCCGGCUCUACUCCAGCAGGCAUGUUACUUUACACCUCUUGUGCUGCAUUAUCUUAGCAGAAGCUGCGCCACUUAAUGUUGCCUAUAUUGGAUUAGGUCUAAUGGAUUGUAAACUCCGUGAUUGUUCUAUGAUGGUUAACCUGUUUUUGUCGUCUAAUUGGUUGUUUCUGUGCUUUUUUCUCUACUCAAACAUCAAGUGUUUCUGGAUAUAUUGUUUCUGAGUAGAGAAUAUUUUGCUCAUUUGAAGGUCUGGUACAGUAUUACCGUAUGCUCUUGAUGGUUCUUCCCCAGGUAUCUGUAUGCUGUAUUAAUGUUCUGUUUCGAGCAAUUAAUCGCCGAGCAAAUUUUAGUCAA